AUGGCACCCGUAAAGAGACGUCCUCAAACGCGAAGCAAUCACAAGAAGGUGCGUCGUCGUAAACCGAACAUCCCCGAGCUGGUGUACAAGUAUCUCUGCCUGGGUGACGGCAAAGAGAGCCGAGAGAACGCGGCGGAGAAUUACAUCAGGAAGUGCCGCUUUUGCAAGCGUCAGAAACACCCCAGAGAAGUUUUGGAUUCCCCGGAUUCCCGGAGCAUCAAGAACAUGGCGAACAAACGGAAAGACUCCACGAGAAAUUCCAAGCUGCAUCGGGUGAAACAUCGUUCGACCAACAAGGACCAGACUUUGUCCUCGUGCAUGCAUAGGUCGUCCGGCGGAGAAGGAAUUAAGAAGAUGAAAAGGUAUAUCCAGAAGGCGCUCGACUUCGGCGUAGAAUCCGGUUACCUGAUUCCGAAGGACGCCGCGUACAAGGUUCUACGCGUUUCCUCCGCUCUAAUGAGCGACGUUCAUUACGAGGGUAGAAAGUCGACCAGUCCCGUUUCGCCCGCGAAAAACAAAGGUGCUCGUCGAACUCCGAUCAGAUUCGAGGACUACGAGGUGCAGGAGGCCAGAAGACGACGAAGAAGGGGUCGCAGGAGGCGAAGAAGAUCGAGAAGUGGUUCCAGAAGGAGGAGGAGGUCCCGAAGGAGGAGGUCUCGACGCGGAAGAAGACGCAGCGGGUCCGCAAACCCGGUAGACGUAGUCGAAGCCAACAACGACGAGUACGAUUACAAGGACCAAGCGGAGAAGAGGAACACGACGGAUAACGCGAGCAGGGGCGAAGAAAAAGAACGAACAAAUCAGUCCGACAGAGAGAAAAUAUCUGACAAAAUGGAAGAAGACGAGGGCUCGGAUUUGUCCGUCGACGAAGACGAAACCGACGAUGAAGACGAAAAGAAGAGAGACGACACAACUAAAUCGUAGCCGUGAAACGGGACGUUGAACACAUUGAAAGUGGCGAAAAUUAUAAGAAAGUUUACGCCUUCGCGAAAAGAGGGAAAUUCGAAAGCUGACAUAUAAGUCCUCCAAUAAUUCUGAUGCAUUGUACAGUUUUAUAGUUCGUAUGAACGUUUACAAAUUUCUUUUUGUGGUCGUGGUUUAU